GUAGCGGCGUGUCACCACCAAGAUGGCUGCCUGUGCGUUACGCAGAGGAUUGUUGAGCACUCUCAGUAAAUAUAACAAGAAACACGCACAUAGAAUACUGAGUGUCGCUGACAGCAGGUUCGAAGCGUACAGACCACAGUUAGAAUGCCGAGCCUGUGGGAUAUACGGUGUCGCUCAGCAGAGAAGGUUGAUGUCGUCACGGAACAGGCCCGAAGGGAAGAUUUUGGAGACUGUGGGGAUAUUUGAGGCUCUGAAGCAGCACGGCAAAUACGAAACAGGACAGCUAUUUCUCCACAGCGUGUUUGGCUACCGAGGUAUUGUCUUGUUUCCAUGGCAUGCCCGACUCUACGACAGAGAUAUCACACCGCCAUUGUCUGACAGCAAACCUGAAAACCCUGGUGCCCACGGAUCAAAAGAAGUGAAAGGAAAGACGCACACUUACUACCAAGUUCUGAUUGAUACCAGAGAUUGCCCUCACAUUUCUCAGCGAUCCCAGACAGAGGCAGUGACCUUUCUGGCUAACCACGAUGACAGCAGAGCGCUGUACGCCAUCCCAGGUCUGGAUUAUGUUAGUCAUGAAGACAUCCUGCCUUACAAUUCUGCAGAGCAGACUCCCAUCCAGCAUGAGCUGUUCGAACGCUUCCUUAUGUACAACCCUACUAAAUCGCCUCCAUUUGUAGCCAGAGACACCCUAAAAGCAUGGCAAGAAAAGAACCACCCCUGGUUGGAGCUCUCUGACGUCCACAGGGAGACUACUGAAAACAUCCGGGUCACCGUCAUCCCGUUCUACAUGGGCAUGAGGGAAGGCCAGAACUCCCAUGUGUACUGGUGGCGAUACUGCAUCCGUUUGGAGAACCUGGGCAAUGAGGUGGUUCAACUAAGAGAAAGACACUGGAGGAUCUUUAGUCUGUCCGGCACCCUGGAGACUGUCCGAGGACGUGGCGUGGUCGGCAGGGAACCGGUGUUGUCUAAAGAACAGCCAGCAUUUCAGUACAGCAGUCAUGUCUCUCUGCAGUCCCCCAGCGGGCACAUGUGGGGAACAUUUCGUAUCGAGAGGACGGACGGUUCCUGCUUUGAUGUCCGCAUUCCCCCUUUCUCCCUAGAGAGCAACAAAGAUGAUAAAGCUCCCCCUGCAGGCUACACGUUCUAACUGCACAUGCUCACCGUCACCCUGCAAGGCCUCCUCCUCCCUUCUAUCAUUGCCUCAGCUUCGGUAUCCAAAAAAAUGUAAGCUUUCCUCUUUGAGUGUACAAACUAAAUAUGGCAGCCUGUGGGGGAUAAAAAAGAGGAACGUGUGGAAAUAGUGUUCCAAAGCAGAGCAGGUUCAGGUUGUUUUUGCAAAUGCAGCAGAUUCUCAUGCAACAACUUCACGUGGGUCUGUUUUGAAAAUCAUAAUGUUCACUUUUUAGCCUAACCCUUUCGCUCUCAAAUGACUGGGAACUCAGUUUCUUCCCAGCUUACAGUUUAACAGUUACCUUUGGGCAAAAAACCCAACAAUAAUUUAUUAUAGCUAGGUUGGCAUGAAUGAAUAACACAAAAUCCCUGCCAAAUGUUUGCCUUGUCCUUGCCAGGUGUCUAUAGUCGACUGUGAAUAAUUGAUUGAAGACUGUUAUUAAACGAUUUAAAAGUGAAUCAAACCCGUGAUGGAAAAUGUGCAGUGAUCAGAUGUUGUCUCCAUACAACACCAGAAACAUAGAGAAACCAGCCAAGACUGUACUUGAAUGCAGACAGUGUGUGAAAUGUCAACCUUUGUCAGCAAAACUUUUUUUUUGUAAACACAAGGCCAACUGUUUGACUUCAGUAUACUUUUGUUUUAAAACUACUCCUAUGGUUGAAAUACUGUAAAUAGGAAUGUAAUUAUAGGUAAAUAAAUAUGUUUUCAAAAAUG